GACUGGAAAGAUGGUAAAAAGCACAAGUACGGCCGCCCGUCAGAGUCUCCCUCCCAGUACCAAGGUCACUUCACCUGGGAGAAAUACCUGAAAGAGACUUGUGCCGUCCCAGCUCCUGCCCAUUGCUUCAAGCAGUCAUACACUCCACCUGCAAAUGAAUUCAAGAUCAACAUGAAACUAGAAGCCCAGGACCCCAGGAACACCACCUCCACUUGCAUCGCCACCGUGGUGGGUCUGACGGGCGCACGCCUCCGCCUGCGCCUCGAUGGCAGCGAUAACAAGAAUGAUUUCUGGCGGCUGGUGGACUCAGCUGAAAUCCAGCCCAUAGGAAACUGUGAGAAGAACGGAGGGAUGCUGCAGCCUCCACUGGGCUUCCGGCUGAACGCCUCCUCCUGGCCCAUGUUCCUUCUGAAGACUCUGAAUGGAGCAGAGAUGGCUCCUGUCCGGAUUUUUCACAAGGAACCACCAUCUCCAUCCCAAAACUUCUUCAAGACAGGUAUGAAGCUGGAGGCAGUGGACAGGAAGAACCCUCACUUCAUCUGCCCGGCCACCAUUGGGGAGGUGAGAGGUUCUGAGGUCCUCAUAACAUUUGAUGGCUGGAGAGGUGCCUUCGAUUACUGGUGCCGAUAUGAUUCCCGGGACAUCUUUCCCGUAGGCUGGUGCUCGCUGACUGGAGAUAAUCUGCAGCCCCCUGGAACAAAAGUUGUGAUCCCAAAGAGCCCUUUACCUGCCUCCGAAGUAAACUCGGAGAAACCUAGCAUGCACAGUAGCACAAAGACUGUUUUGGGGCAUCAACAAGGGCAAAGGCGUCGCAAAACAGGGAAGAAGCGUGGUCGAACGACCAAAGCGCUAAUCCAUCACCCCAUGCCUACACCCUCCAAGUCAGUGGAGCCUUUGAAAUUCCCCAGAAAGAGAGGCCCCAAGCCUGGCAGUAAGAGGAAACCUAGGACAUUGCUGAACCCAGCACCCACCUCUCCAACAACCAGUACCCCCGAACCAGACACAAGCACUGUGCCCCAGGACGCUGCUACAAUCCCCAGCUCUGCCAUGCAGGCUCCCACAGUUUGCAUUUACUUGAACAAGAACGGCAGCACUGGGCCCCACCUAGACAAGAAGAAAGUUCAGCAGCUGCCAGACCAUUUUGGACCAGCUCGAGCCUCUGUUGUCCUGCAGCAAGCAGUACAGGCCUGCAUUGAUUGUGCCUAUCAUCAGAAAACAGUCUUCUCCUUCUUAAAACAAGGCCACGGGGGAGAGGUCAUCUCAGCUGUGUUUGAUCGGGAACAGCACACUCUGAACCUGCCAGCAGUAAACAGUAUCACCUACGUCCUCCGCUUCCUGGAGAAGCUCUGCCACAAUCUGCGCAGUGACAACCUCUUUGGGAACCAGCCUUUCACUCAGAACAGCCACAUGCAGCGCUCACACGAGUACGACCACGACAGGUAUCUACCAGACAGAAGCAGUUCGUUAGACGGCUCUCUGCAGGGACCAGGCCGGGGUACAAAGCGAUAUUCCCAAGAUUCCCCUCCAUACAGUGCUCCUCUCUCCCCCAAGUUACCAAAGAAUGACCGUCACCCUUUGGAAG